GAAGAACUGAUAUUUUGUCUGUGGACCUUUCUCAUUUAUAAAGCAUCAUUCACAACUUCAGGAUAACCUAUUUGCAGGUAAUUGAGGAGUGAGUUCGGCACACGCCUGCCAGCCUCCGGAGUAGGAAUGCGGUCGAAUAGCUGUGGAUCUGAUCUGCUUCUGCCUCUGAGCGAGAGACUGCGUUUACCCGUAGAACAGGUAAAUUUUGCCAUGUGCCAAGUUUUUGGAUUGUUUGCAGCCUUCUUAUUUCGGUACUACCUGCACCCAAGCAGGACCAGCCAUGUCAUCAGGCAUGUGGUCAUUACCCUCUUGGGUCUUCAUUUUGCAUUCUUCUGUUUUGGCAGAUAUGCUAUUCACUUCCUCGGAGAGGUAAUCUUGUUGUACUGUGUUAUGGUGACGGUACACAUCAAGAACAUUCACAAGUACAGUUUCCUGGUAGCAAUGGCCUACCUAACCAUCUGUCAGAUCAUCAGAGUCUAUGUCCUGGAUGGUGAAGAGUUGUCUGCUGAUUUUUCUGGGCCAUUAAUGGUGAUCACACAGAAAGUAACAAAGCUGGCAUUUGAACUUCACGAUGGUCUGGCCCGAGACGAAAAAGAACUGAAUCUAUCUCAGAAACGCUUAGCAGUGAGGCGGAUACCAAGUCUACUUGAGUAUGUCAGCUACACCCUCAACUUCAUGGGCAUCCUUGCAGGACCUUUGAACUCUUUCAAUGAUUACAUCAAUUUCAUCGAGGGCAGGAACUUUGAGGUCGGGGAGCUCCACCUUGCUAAUGGGAAGGAGAGAAAAAUGUACCCUCAGAACGAACCUUCACCUCUGCGAGCUGUGGGAUGGAAGAUGUUGAUUUGCACUCUCUGUGUCUUUAUGCACCUCUCCCUGAUGGAAGAAUUUCCAGUCACCUACAACAAUGACGAUGACUUUAUUAUGAGAAGAUCGAUGCCUGUGCGUUUGCUUUAUCUCUACAUUUCCCUCCUGGCCUGCAGACCCAAGUAUUAUUUUGCCUGGACCAUUGGCGAUGCCGUCAAUAAUGCUGCUGGGUUUGGAUUCAACGGAUAUGACAGCCGUGGGAAACCUCGCUGGGAUCUGGCCUCCAACCUCAACAUCGCUAACGUAGAAUUUGCAACAAGCAUGAAGAUGUUUAUUGACAAUUGGAACAUACAGACGGCUCUGUGGCUCAAAGAAGUCUGCUAUGAUCGCUGCCCUUUCAAUCGCACAUUGAUGACAUUCCUUCUGUCUGCAGUAUGGCACGGUGUUUACCCUGGCUAUUAUUUUACCUUCAUGACUGGCAUGUUCAUGACACUAGCAGCAAGAGCAGUCAGAAGCAAUUUAAGGCCUUAUUUCUUAGGUUCACCUGCACACAAAGCGUUUUAUGACAUGAUGACAUGGGUGACUACACAGGUGGUGGUGAGCUACACGGUGGCACCUUUUGUCCUUCCAUUUAUGGAUCUGUCACUCAAAUUUUACAGAUCCUGGUACUUUGGUUUGCACAUUAUUGCCAUUGUUCUCAUCCUGGUGUUGCCAAGGAAGCCAAAAUGUGCAUUGAAGGAACAGGAAAGGCAUCAAGUAAUAAAACCAACGGACACUAUGCAUCACUGCAACGGACACUUGAAUGGACAGGCGCCCAUGGUUAACAACCAAAACCAUCGGAUGAAGAUUGACUAAUGGAGAAGAGGGACUCCAUGAACAUUUGAGAGGAGAAAGCAGCUAAUGUAACCCCUAUGACCAAUGACUUGAAUACUGUUUUGAAGCACUAUUGAAAGCUACUGUUGGAUUCAGUGUAGACUGAAGAAAAGUGGCUUUUAUCGGGAAGGGCCAGCUGUGAAAUGUGCAAUAAUCAAACCUUUUAAAGGGGACAGUAUUAAACCCACAGUAGGUAGAAAAGAGAACAGGAGAAGUUGGGGUAAAUUGUCAAAUUCACAAGACACAGGCUCAAGUCAACUCACUCAAUGCAUCAGUUUAAUUGCACUGGUUUUCAGGAUGUCCACAUAAUGUGAAGAGGCAGGCUCAAAAUUGUAAAAAUAUAAAUAAGGUUCCUUUCCUGAUGUUUGGGUUGCUGUUUUGCAAUCAAUAUAUUCUGCAUGGAUUUUCCACAGUUUGGGAAAACCAGAAACUGAAGGGAUCAACUGGAUGUAGCAGGUAAUUUAAUUCUAGUGGAUUGGGAGCUGAAGGAUUACUUCCUGAUCCUGGUCACUCAAGCAAAUCCUCUGCCAUGAUUGGCUGCCCUUCUGCCCCCAUCACCAAUCAUUUGUUUCCCAUUGGCUUGUGUCUUCUGCUGCUCAUUUUCCAGGCUGUUGGCCAUCCGGGCUCUCAAUCUGGCUGGCUUCUAGGCAGGAAGUGCAAUGUCUUCCCAUUCCCUGGUAUAUUUGUGUUUCUCCACCCCCACCCCCUGACCAUAAUUCUCUGUAAAUAACAAGAUUUUUGACUCUCCUUGAUCAGUUUUAAUAUUCUAGUUCCUUUGAAAACCUCCUUCACCUCUCCUGGAUAUGUUACAUAUCCCAGGUUGCACUUCAAGUGAAUACAAGGCUAAGAUUGCAAGGGAACUAUAGCAAACUUGCCAUUUGUAUUGUGUGUUCUUGGGAAAAAGGGUACAAAGUUAUGGAUUUGCACAAAAUGUUUAUAAAACACUAGGUAACUCUCAGUUGAAGUGUCAUGUUCAAUUCUUGGCAUCAGUCUUUAGGAAGGAUGUAUAGACCUGGAGAGGAUGCUAGCAUUUACCAGAGAGGUUCCAAGGAUGAUACCACUUACAUGUGACAGAAUGGAAAAGCUGGAAAUGUUCUUGGAGUUCAGAAGGUUAAGAGAUUCUUAUAAACAUUCAGAGGUUUUGAUAUUGUGGAUAAGGAACUGUUUCCACAGUUGAGAAGGGUGAUAACCAAAGGGUGAGUGUUUAGGUUCACUGGCUAACAAAUUGAAGGAUGAGAUGAGGACUUAAGCUUUUGAAUAUGACAAGUUAUGAUAAUCUAAAAUCUGAAGCGGAGUCAAACUCCAAAAAGGGAAUUGGACAACUGAAAGGGAUAAAUUUUACUGGGCUGUAGGGAAAAGACAGGUGCAAAAAUCUGUACAGCCACAAUGGACUGAAUAACCUCAACCUACAUUGUAAGAUUUUAUGAUUCCAAGAGUUGGUGAUUUAGCUGAUUUUUGAGGUGGGAGAUGUUAGUGAAGAGAAUAGAGUUCAUACCAUUGCCCAACACCAAUCUCACUGUUAAACUAGGAAUAGUUUCCCUUUUGAAAAAGAGGUGACUACAAAUAGGAGAGGGACAUGGUUAAAUGUGGAAUAUUUGGAUAUUAAGGGAUGUGGGAUUAAUACAAUAAAGUGAUACUUAGAUAAACAAACAACAAUGAAUUUUAAAUGACAGUUCUGAUGUGAGGAACCAAAUAGUAUAUUUUGAGAUGAGGACACUUGUGUGUUAUGUGCUGCCAUGUUCACAAGAAAUAGAAUCAAAACUAGGCCAUCACUUUCUCCAUUGAUCUAGAUUGCAUUUCAAUGCACCUAUCCUAUCAACUAUUCUAUGUGGUGGUGUACAGUUUUACCAGUCAUGAGUUAGGAUGUUUCUCCUGAAUUCCCCAUUAAAUUUAUUAGUGACUGUCAUAUACUUACGGCUCCUAGUUUUGGAAAUGUCUUCUCCAUGUCCACAUUAUCAAAGAACAUUCUACUCUAGAGGACCUAAGAGGCCACCUCUCAUCGAAAGGAUGGAGCUCCAGCCUAUUCAGUCCUUGGGGUAUUAUUGUACGUUAGAUGGUUCUCUAUUCUCAUCAGAUCUGGAGGUGGUACCCCAAAUGUUUCCAUCUGCUCUUCGAAUUUUAGCUGGUGGUGAUCUACUAGAAUUUCAUUCAAGAGCAACGCUGAAGCUCUGUUAUUGGGGAUAUGUGAGAAUAUUUAAGAAAAAGAGUACUAUUUGUGGCAGUUUGGUCUGUGAAGCUGGCAUUUAAGAUAAAAUAGUUCAGCUUUGUAGUUGCAUUGGUCAGAAUGAUUAUCUCCAUUCCACCUGAUUGGGUUGGACUGGUGUGUGAGAUUUUUGCUGCUACACAAUUUCCUUUUAGCUGGGACUGGAUCAUGCCUCAAGGCUGCUCCUCCAUUACACCACAAGUGGCCAGUUGAAAAUGGGAUUCUGCUAGGUUUGGAUGGACAUUCCCCAAGCUUCCAUUUGAUCCAAGCAUAUACCAACAAAGGUUGGAGUCUAUUGAUGAACUCCUGUCACAAUAACCGGUAGACCACUUGUCAUUUUUAACCCAUUGGACUUGGAAAUGAUAUUAAUAAGUCCAUAAAGUAUAGGAGUAGAAUUAGGCCAUUCGGCCCAUCGAGUCUGCUCCAGCUUGCAAUCCGGACUGAUUUUGUUUUUCAACCCCAUUCUCCUACCUUCUCCCAUAACCCUGAGAUUGUGAAUGUGACUAAUCUACCUGAUAUUGCUCUUUAACCAAUGUUUGCCUAUUAUCUCUUCACUGUCUACACAGGAACCUGAGCAAACAAUGUAUAGGUUUGUCCUGUUAUUUUGUCCAGUUGAUUUCUCAACACAGCUCGUGUAUCACUACAGAACAGGUUUCACUCUUUUCACAAUUUUUGCUGUCACUGAUGUGCAUUUUUUUAUAUUUUUGACUGAAUGUAAAAUAGCAUCUUUUUGAGUAAGUUUCCAAAUAUGGGCUGUGUCUAACCAAGUUCAUGGGCAUUGGUUGGAUGUUGUGACCCAGUUUAGAUGACUGUGCCCAAAUUAGUGCCAAAAUGCAUAUUAACUGAAGGCAUCUCUCCUGGGCAUUGCCAAAAGAGAUAAAUGAUGGGGCAUUUUGAACUCGGAUGUUCUUCUGCAAUGCAAGUGUUAUUAAUUCUCAAGCCUUAUUUUGGCUUUUGCUUCAAGGUGAAAACUGGCAUUCACUGAAUUCAAAAUAGUUUUUUAAAGAGAUCUGUGGGUCAUUUCCCAUGAAAGUAAUUAGUAUUUUUCAGACCAAUUAGAAUGUUUAAUGUGACACAGAACCAGGACAAAGGAAGUAUCACAAAUGUUUUGAGAAAUGCAAUGAUCCAAUAAUAUAUUGUCAGGGCCUGAGACCACUACAGUGUAAGCUCCCAGCUAAAAUUUCUGUUGGAAAAUAUAUGCUUUUGAAGAGAAAUUGAAGCUGAGCUGCUUGUGUCAGCACAACCUUUGCACCUCACACACAUCAUAAUCUCGUUUUAGAGUCAAGGAGGCUUGCUGGCAGCUUUCUGCAUCUUGUAACCUACUACUCACUAAACAAUGUCUCUGCUAGUGAAUGUGUCAAUGAAGGGCCUUGACAACAUGUGACUGCAAAUCCAUUUUGUUCUGGGAGGAUAGCUGGUUUAUUUAUAGUGUUGCAAAGUAAAUAUGAAUGGUUAGACCGAAAGGAAUGAUUUUACAUCACCUUACUGUAUGUGCUC